AUGCUUCCGUUUUUAGUGGUCAAUUUAAUAAUUUUACACAAUAUACAAUUUGCUAAAAGUAGCGUACUGCCUGUGACAUAUGCUACAGGUGAAACAGUAUUCGAUGACUUAUCCCGUAGUGAAGAAAUCGGACAUGAAAAACUUUUAGGAUUCAAAGACUCUGAAGAUCAAAAUGAAGAAAAAAAAGGUUUUGACUUACAAAGCAAACGAAUGAACGAAGGCACUAAAAAGCCAUGUGCAGUGGUGGUGCUAUCGAAUAUACAAAACCCGAAUGUUCAGUCGUUGCUUCGGAAAUAUAGAUAUGACGCAAACGGAGUUUUAAUACCAAGCAGUGUGAAAUAUUUCAUCAAACUACCUCAAGGGUUGAGGAAUUCGCCUCUUCUAGUACCAUUAAACGACAAAGCUUUCUCCCCAUUAGGCGGAUUUGUCAGGUAUUACAAGGAAGUCCCUCCAAUACCUCAGUCGUGGUAA